AAUCAAUCAUUCUUAAUCAAAUAAUUCCGUUUAUGGACCCUAACAACGGACGCUGCUUACACUCUCAUCAUCAUCACCACCAUAAUCGGCAAUAACUAUAUUUAUUUACUUCCUUCUCCGAUUCUCUUCUAUUAUUCUUAUAUUACGAUUAUUUAUAGAUUCUGUUUGUUGAUUUGUCAUCAUCCUCACAAAUGAGAAUGAGAAACCCACCGCUCAAUUUAUAAAUUCCUCCAUCCAUCUUCUACACUAGUCUUCUCCUUCACAUUCUCUGUUCUUCAUUUCCACAAAGUUAAUAUUGGACAAGAAGAUGAAACAAUUACCCGUCAUCGUGGAGGAAGCUUUUGUGUAUGAUGAAGACAAGCAUCUCACUGUCAUGAAAACUUCUCUCUUCUUUGCAGGCGAUGGCUAUACUGUCUACGAUUGCAAAGGCGAGCUCCUUUUCAGAGUUGAUUCUUACGGUCCAGAUGCGCGUGACAAGGAUGAAAUCGUUCUCAUGGACGCCCAAGGCAAGUGUUUACUCACUGUUCGUCGGAAGAGGCCGAGUCUACAUCACCGGUGGGAAGGAUUCUUAGGGGAGAGAACAGAAGGACAGAAGCCAAUCUUCAACGUGAGACGUUCAUCAAUAAUCGGACGGUCAAGCAUGACGGUGGAAGUGUUGAAGGAUUCCGGCGAUGAGUACCACAUCGAAGGGUGUUUCGGUAAUCGGCAUUGCACGAUCUUCGAUGCAGCGAAGGAAGCAGUGGCUGAGAUUAAACGCAAAGUAGAUGCUACUACAAACGUGGUGCUUGGGAAAGACGUCUUCUCUCUCAUAAUCAAGCCGGGAUUCGAUGGUGCCUUCGCCAUGGGUUUAGUGCUGGUUCUUGAUCAGAUCAACGGUGACUCUUUCGAUGAUGAGGAUACUGAAAUGGAUCCCACGGCUGAUGAUUAGUCUCUUUCUUUUAGAAAUAAUUUUGUCCGUUAAAAGGGAAGCCCGUAGGGGCCAAUGCAUAUCAUAUGGUUUCUUUCCUUUUUCUUCUUAGUAUAUAUAUAUAUUGUAUCGUAUAUCGUUAUUGCUUUAUAGAGACGUACGGGUAAUGAUUAGUAAAAUACUAUGACUAAUUUAGUUUAAAUUUAUUAA